AUGGAACACCUUACUAUCCAAGAGAUCUCUUCGCCACCUGAAUUCACAUUCCCACAAUCAGACGUCCGCCUCAGAAUCACUUACAAGGGUGCUCCUGCAUAUGCUCACGUGUGCUCUCAUGCCAUGAUACUCGCAUCUGAUGUAUGGAAGGUCUUCUUAUUUCCUCCUUGGUCGAACCAAGCAACCGCAGAGCCAGUUCAAGACCUCGACUUUACCGAAGAUAAUGCAGAAGCUCUACUCGUGCUACUUUGCGUUGUGCAUUUGAGAUUCGGGGACAUCAUGUACGACAGCCCACCAAAACAAGUUCUCAUCGAUCUUGCCUUUCUUUGCGACCAAUAUUUCUGCCACCAUCUGAUUCGGCCCUGGGCCGGAAAUUGGAUUGAUCGACAGUUCGGAUUUGAUAUUGCUGAAAAUAGCGCAUCGAAGCCCGACUACUUUGAAAAGGGCGUGUAUUGGCUAUUUAACGAGAAUCGUGUAUACAACCUUCCAGAAUUCCAUCGCGACUGGCCCUUACCAAAGGGUCUAAUGAGGACUAUUAUGAUUGCCCGUAAUGAGGCGAUCGAUGCUCUUCUCGCAGUGAUACACGAAUAUCAGGCAGAUCUUGACGAGCGAGAGGCCAUAUGUUCUAAGCAUCAUCAAAAGUGCAAGAGGUUCAGUAAGAGCGGUCUUUACCACCAAAAGACUGCGGCUGACUCGAUAUCCGUGGCACAAAUCACACGUACCAAAUUCAACGUCGCGAGGCAAUACCACGGAGAAGUCAUACGUGACAGAGAGUUACGGUUGCAUGACGAAGUGAAGGAAAAGAUCAAUACCAUCCGGAAUGACCAUUGGAAGACGCCUUGGGAGACAGUAAAACCCCUAGCAAGACCGGAUGUUCGAAAAGGAGACAAUCGACUUCGCAUCGAAAACAUCACGGGUGAAUGGCGGAAGGGCGACCCGAGUAACGCGAAGCACUUUACAGGAGCAACGGCUCGUUAUAGAACGACUUAA